AUGGCACCGGUUGCUCUUCCUUCUGGACCACUAGAGGGUGGAGAAGAGGUUACAGUGAGUGGAGUUGGUGGCACUUCGGAUGAUGUGGAUCACAAUGACAUAUUAAAGUAUAUCACAGUGACAACUAUUACAAAUAGCGAUUUUAUUGUUGAAGGGAUGGUGUAUACUUCCGCAGGCGGUGAUUCUGUUAAAAAUAUUUGCACUGGCGACAGUGGAGGUCCUGCCGUUUUGAAUGCCGCCGAUGGUGAUCCACAACAGGUUGGUAUUGUUAGUUUCGGUGGAGACACAGGAUGCGAACAACGAAAUCCCUCAGGAUUUACAAGAAUAGCUUAUUACAGAAAUUGGAUUAAAGAGAAAAGUGGUGUUUAA